AUGGAAUCUUUAACGAAAACUUCCCUUAGGGUCUGUCCCUUUGUCAAGUCACAUUCAACGACUGCUAUGAAAAAAUUGGCACAGAAUGCAUCCUUAAUCAAGGAAGCUUCUCAAUGUCCAAUUAUGGGCCCGGCAAUUGAAUCCAAGAGAAGCUACACCCAGCCUUCCAAGGCCCACCAUGCACAGGCGACUGAUACGGUCAAGGUUUCCAAGGUGAAUGAGGAUGCCACCAUCAAUGGCACCACCUUGAAUAAAUUCAACUUGAAUUCCACUUCUAACUGCAGUUCCAGCUUUGGAUCCAAUGAAGUUGCAACUAACUAUGAUGGAAUUUUCCAAGAGAAAUUAGAUGCAAAAAGAAGGGACAACUCAUAUCGGUUUUUCAACAACAUCAAUCGGUUGGCAAAGGAGUUCCCUAAGGCGCAUUUACAGAGCGAGGAAGAUAAGGUUAUGGUUUGGUGUUCUAAUGAUUAUUUAGGUAUGGGUAACAACCAAGAAGUUUUCAAAAAGAUGGUUGAAACCAUGGAAAAGUACGGUGUUGGUGCUGGUGGAACUAGAAAUAUUGCUGGUCAUAAUAGACACGCUAUUAAUUUGGAAUCUGAAAUUGCAGCACUUCAUAAAAAGGAGGGUGCAUUAGUAUUCUCCUCUUGCUUUGUUGCUAAUGAUGCUGUCCUUUCCUUAUUUGGUAAACAAUUCCCGGACUUGGUGAUUUUCUCUGACGAAUUGAAUCAUGCCUCCAUGAUUCAAGGUAUUAGAAAUUCAAGAGCUAAAAAGCAUAUUUUCAAACAUAAUGAUGUUGAGCAUUUGGAAUCGUUAUUGGCACAAUAUCCUAAAUCCACCCCUAAAAUCAUUGCAUUUGAAUCCGUCUAUUCAAUGUGUGGUUCUGUUGCUCCAAUUGAGAAAUUCUGCGAUUUGGCUGAUAAAUACGGCGCAUUAACCUUUUUAGAUGAAGUUCAUGCCGUUGGCAUGUACGGUCCACAUGGUGCUGGUGUUGCCGAACAUUUAGAUUUUAAACAACACCUAGAAUCCGGUAUUGCAUCUCCAAAGAAUGAAACUGUUAUGGAUAGAAUCGAUAUGAUCACCGGUACUUUGGGUAAAUCGUUUGGUGUUGUUGGUGGUUAUAUUGCAGCCAACAGAAAUAUGACUGAUUGGAUCAGAUCAUUUGCUCCAGGUUUUAUCUUCACCACCUCUUUACCACCUUCUGUCAUGGCCGGUCUCUCAACAUCUAUUAGAAUUGUUCGGAAGAAUAUUGAAGAUCGUGUCAACCAACAAUUGAAUGUUAGAUACGUUAAGGAUGAAUUCAAGAAGCUCGGUAUUCCAGUCAUUCCAAAUCCAUCUCAUAUUGUUCCAUUGCUAGUUGGUAAUGCCGCAGACGCUAAGAAGGCAUCCGACGCUUUGUUGGACAAGUACAAGAUUUAUGUCCAGGCAAUCAAUUUCCCUACAGUCCCAACUGGUGAAGAGAGAUUGAGAAUCACCCCAUCUCCGCGCCAUAAUAAGGCAGUCUGUGAUGAAUUGAUUGAUUCUGUUGAUAGUCUCUGGAAAAAACUCGAACUAAAGAGAGUCAAGGAUUGGGAAAACAUUGGUGGUCAUUGUGGCGUCGGUGCGGUUUCUGAACAACCACUAGAAAACUUGUGGACUGAUGAACUCUUAGCCUUGAAGAACACUGACCUCAAUCCAAAUGUUCUGGAUCCAGUCAUUGAACAAUUGGAAGUUUCCUCUGGUAUCAGAGUCUGA